AGCGAAACUUACAAAAUAAAAUUAGACUACCAGCAUCAACCUUGUUGUUGUUGACGUUUUACGGAAGCUGUUGACAUCCUUGUUCCUUCCACUACACUACUGCGAUAAGAACUAAUAACUGCAUUAAUACCAACCAUGGAGCUCCAAACAGUAGCCACGGGUGCUACAUUACAUGUAUCAUCCGACAGCAUGGAAGUUCCUUCGGGAAGUGGCCAUCAUCAUCAUCAUCAUCACGAAGAACUCAAGGUAGUAGCCAGCAGCGCAGCGAUGCACCACGAGAUUUCGUCGUACGACAAUGACGAAGAAGCGCCUCUUCCGAAACUCAAGAAACUGAAACUAGAAGAUGACGAUGAUUCUUCGUUUGCCUUUCAAAACCCGACCAAACAGUGCUUGCAUCGCAUCCACAAUGAUCUGACCAAACUCUAUAAUGAUCCCAUUGAGGGAAUCUUUGUUGUUCCGGACGACAAUCUCGCCAAUCGGUGUCAUGCACUGUUACUGGGACCCACUGGAACUCCCUACGAAUUUGGAUCCUUCUAUUUCAUUAUGGAUUUCCCCAAUUCGUAUCCGCACGAACCCCCCAAAGUGACGAUACAAACCACCGAUCUGGGCACCGUCCGCUUCAAUCCCAACAUUUACGCGUGCGGCAAAGUUUGUCUCUCCAUUCUCGGAACAUGGAGUGGCCCCAGUUGGACGCCAGCAUUGACCAUUGGCAGUGUCUUGUUGAGUAUUCAGUCUCUGAUGAAUGCCACACCCUAUCACAACGAACCGGGAUUUGAAUCGAUCCAUGUGGGAGGACGACAACCAAGAAAUUACAACAAUAUCAUUCGCCACGAAACCAUUCGAGUGGCUGUAUUGGGGAUGGUCGAAUUGGCACUGGCACAAAAAUUACCACAGAAACUGGGAGAACUCAUUAUAGAAACCGCGCAAGCCACCAAAGAGUGCUGCGGCUUUCUCUGUGAAGAGUACAAGGGACUCGAUGGUCUGCCCUUUCAGGAUCCCUACAAACGCAACAAGGGGAUCUUUCAGUUUCGGAGACUCCAGGAACGAUUGGAAGCCAUGGGAGGAAGUACGAGUACUAAUACUAAUAACGAGGAGGAAUCCGUCUCAAUGACACAAACAAUGAGCAUGGAAGAAACAUAAUCGACAACAAGCAAGCAAACAAGCAAUGGGGGAUGAUACCGUAGGAAGCACCGUUGUGAAGCAUGCACAUGUUUUUAUAAUGUAUUAUAAAUAGACGACAGAUGGACAUGAAUAAUUUCUUAUAUAA